AUGGUGCAAUGGAUGACCAUAGCACAGAAAUUUGAGCUGAUUCAAAAACAUCGUCAGAAUCCAUCGUUAUCAACCCGUAAAUUGGCUAUAUGGGCACAUGAAACAUUCAAUCUUCCGACUGGUCCUACUGCUGCAACUGUUUCUCGUGUAUUAAAAUCAGCAAUUGAAAUUGAAGAGAAACAACGUCAUGGCAUUACACGAAAAGGUGGUCACGGUGUUGUUUGCCCAGAAUUAGACAGUGCAUUGAAAACUUAUGUGGAACAUUGUGUACAGAAUCAGAUUCAGCUAACACGUCGAUUAUUGGUAGAUAAAGCACGUGAGCUAUUAACCCAAAUCCCCAAUGCACCCAUUUUAAAUCUCUCAGAUGGAUGGCUCACAAGUUUUAUGAAACGUCAUGGAAUGGGUUUACGACCACGAUCGCUACAAACAGAUGGAGAAGGCAAUGAUAGUGACAUUCAUACUGAUGCUAUACCAGGUAUCGUGAAAAAAAAUUCUCAAUUGAAGACAAGUUUAACUUGUUGUACUGGACGUAAAACUGGACUAAAUGGUUCACGUCGUACUCGAUUCACCCAAUUAGGACUUGUAUCAACGUCACUGGAAACAAUGUCAACAUCAUGUUCAGUAUAUACAGGACCAAAACGAACCGUCUUGAUUACUGGAGCAGAGAAUAGCACGGGACUUGCGUUUGUAACUCAUUAUAUACGAGAAGGAUGGAACGUUAUUGCUGCGUAUUCAGAUGAAAAAAUGCGUUGGAAACUAGAGGAAAUGACACCGUGGAAACUUGUGAUCUUGGAUCCAGGAAAUCAAGCAUCCGUGGAACAUGCAGCUGAAGUACUAAAGGAUGUGCCGAUUGAUCUAUUGAUCAAUAAUGCACGGCUUUUUAUCAAGGGAUACAUGCAUUCGACGACCCCUGAAGAUUGUAUCCGACAGUACGAAGUAAACGCCUUGGGACCUAUUAUUGUGGCACGUGCACUAUUGCAGAAUAUGCGGCUUGCAGUGCGUGAUCGUGGUAUGGCGUUCUUGGUAAAUGUUUCGUCACGUGUCGGUAGUAUCUUGGAAAAUACGUCGGGAGGUUCAUACGGGUUUCGUGCGUCUCUUAGUGCACUUCAUAUGUUCACUAUGACCUUGGUCGCAGAUUUUCUGCCGCACAAAAUUGGGUGUUUGUUGCUACACUCGGGAGUUGAUGACAAGCCAGAUGGACUUCACCCAGCAGCUUCUGUUCGUCCCGAGGAGAGUGUGGCUGGUAUGGCACAGGUUAUUGCACGGUCAAGGCUGGGUGAACCACUUCAAUUGCGCCACUUUGGAAACGGUGAUGCCAUUCCUUGGUAG